AUGAACAAAAAACCCAUUAUUUAUGAAAAACUAAAGAUCAAAAGCAUUAAAAAUAUUGUUAUUCCGAAGGCAUUUGAACCACUGCUUGCUUUUGAAGAUCAUUUUUAUUCACUUAACGAAGAAAAUUUUGAAGAAACAACUAAAUUCUUCGAACAGUUUAUCCGUGAAGGUCCAGGAGAAACACCCAACGAUAACUUCCAAUACAUAUUUCAAUUCUUCAAAAAAGAUUCAUCAGAUUCUGAUAUCUUAUACUUUCGGAUUCUUCAAACUCUCGGCAAGAUCUUCAAACCUGAACUAAGUACGAACAACACGAAUAACUAUAAGUUGGCACGCAAAGCAGGCAUAGAUGUUUCAUAUCCAGAGGAAGAAAAAAUUUUUGAUUCCUCUGAUGACGAAGAGAAUGAUAUAUCAGACGAACUAAUACAAAUAAUCCGAAACGAUGAUGUGUCAAAAUUUCAACAAUACAUUCUUAAUGACAAUUCAAAACCUUAA